GAGUGCUAAACAGAGCUUUGUAUUUAUUUAUUUUAUUACGUGUUCAAUUGUAAAGAGGCGUGCAUAUCCUCAUUUCUUAAAGUCAUUGAAACACUCAAUUCAUUACCAAUCUCGUGAUCGUUGCAUGAGGUAGACAGUUGAUUUUACUUCAUUAUUCAAGUUUAUAAACUCUGGAAGAAACGAUUUCUCCAUCAUGAUCAUGUACUCGACAUUAGCAUUCAAAUUGACCGAACUGCAGAAACCUUGAGAUUUUUUGAUAAAUCUAUUGAACUGUUGGCUUUACUACUUUCAAUAGAGGAAUGAAUUUUCCUAAAGAAAAGUCAUGUGUAUUCAAACUAAUUUUCAUGUUUCCCCUCUUUCUACUCUUCAGAUCACUCACUGAACGAGUGAUGGUCAAACGGGAUUUAGCUGUCCGUGUAAACAUUUUGCUCCUCAUAUUAUACCUUUCUUUAUUUGGUUUGCCUCAUUCAAGAGGCUCCUAUCUUCAAGUGAAGUCAACAGUAAACAUUCAUUUAUUUCAAUUUUCUCUUGACCAGUUUAUUAAAAUUUAACCUCUAGAAGUCCAUCUCAAUAAUUUACUAAUUAACCCUCAACAGUAAGCAACAAUUUUCAAUUAAAAGUCAUCAAUCAAAAUUAACCAACCAUGUUACCCUCUCGUUUGGUAAGUAAUACGCUCAAACGAUCGGUGAAUCAGUUCACUGACGGAAUGGCACCCGUUUCUACCAGUAAAGCAACUACUCGAUUUUAUGGGACUAAUGUUGAUAAAGACUGGGCCAAUCAAACCGUAGACACCAUUUUAAGUGAAGAGGUUUCUUUCUCGGAGACAAGAAAACACAAGAUGGAUGGUGACACAUGUUGUCAUCAAAACAUGGAUCUAGACAAGUACGACUCAAUGACUGAUAGGGACUCGGAAAACGUUGAACAAGACGGCAGAUUACAUGUUUAUGAUCCUAGUUCAAUUGGACUCUCAGGAGUCAUGCAAACCAAUGUUCCUGAACCAUAUGAUGCUUCAAAGAGUGACAAUGCAGAUAAUUUCAUAACUGACCAUGCUGUUUCCUUGAAUAUGCCCGGUGGAAAUGCCAGUCAGAAGAAGAAAUAUUUGAGUGGCCAAAGAAAUGUGUUGGACAUCGAAAAGUCUUGUCAUUAAAGGCCGCUAGAGUGACCCUGAUUCCUAUAGAUAUACAAACUUCCAGCAAAGGCAAACUCAACUAUGGAUGUUAUUCCAAUGGCAUAAUAUAAAUGAUUACAAUGUAAAUGUGGAUAUUUAAUUGGUUUAAAUUGAUUAGUUGUUUAUUUUCGGAAAGCUGGACAAACAAGUUUUAUAUCCUAUUUAUCUUUGGUAUCCAGAGGCUCAUCAGGUGUUCUUCAAGAAGAUGUUUUUAUCAUGGAUCAGUUUCUCAGUGAAUCAAUCUUUAACCGAACCAUCAAUUUUUAAAGGUCAAUUUGGAGAUCAAAUCUCACUGGUUUAUAAGUUAUUAUCAACUGGCCAAUCAAUUGGUUCAGAAAUCUCAAGACUAAAUGUUUGUUACAUUGUCGUAUUGGAAUCAAAGAUUUUUGUAGAUUCAAAGUCUUAUCACCAAUUUGUUUGCUGUAAUUAACUAAAUUAUUUAUAAGAUUCAAGUCGCAUUUUUAUAUUGUUUCAAUAAAUACAUCUUAAUGAAAAUGGUAAAA